AUGGGAUAUCCACCACCAUUAAAAUUUAAUCCAGAAGUUAAAUUAUUUUCAAUAAAUGAUAUGGAAUGGCCACAUGAUUUAGCAAAUGUUCCACUGCCAGCACUUAUUGAUUCAAAUCGAAAUGAUUGUAUUCAUUUUAAUUCAGGUUUAAGAACCAUUUCGUGUGCGAUAUCAUUCAAAGAUUAUUUGCGAGUUUUAGGAGAAGACAAUUAUCUUAUUUGUGAUAUUUCAAAAUGA